AUGAGAGAACAGUUACAAAGCCCCGACUUUCGCAAUGUUUGCUUUCCUUGUUCGCACUUUCCGGGUUUAGUACAGGUUAUAGAGGAGCGGGAUUGGAACAUUGAGUCACCGUGUUCUAGUAACAGAAGCUCGGCGACUUCAACCACUUCGAGUGUUAGUACUUCUUGUAGAACGGAACAUACAAGCCCGAACGAAAUAGAGAGAAAUUCAGUCAUGGAGUCUGUGGAGCCAAGUGUUCUGACUGUUGGAGCUACUGCGCAGCUGAGAAGAAGAAACAGUUCAGUUUCGAGAGGAAAACCAAGACUUAAAAGCAUGCAAAUUAUGACCACACCGAAUAACGACAGUCUAGAACGGUCAGAGACAUUUGUAGCGCAAGAUGGUGUCUUAACUACAAACUUUUGCUCUACAGAAUUAUGA